AUGAAUCGAGCAUCGGUUUUUGAGUGGCACAAGAGAUUCAAGGAAGGCAGGGAGUCUGUGAGGGAUGAUGAGAGGUGUGGGAGGAGUAGGGAAGUCAGAACACCAGAGUUGAUUGGCCAAAUAAGUAAUUUCAUGGAUACGGACCGUCGUGUGUCUAUAGAGACAAUAAGUGCACAGUUUGGUGUCAGUGUGGGAACUGUACACACAAUUAUUCACGAGGAACUGAAGAUGCGGAAGAUUUGCGCGAAGUUUGUCCCAAGGGUGCUCAGUGAAGAUCAGAAAGAAAGACGUUGUAAUGACAGCAGGGAGAUGGUCGAGCUCAUUAAUUCAGAUCCCCAAGUUCUUGAUGCCCUGGUUACCUGCGAUGAAAGCUGGAUCUACUGCUAUGACCCAGAGACCAAGAGACAGAGUUCCCAGUGGAAGCAUGCUGGCUCUCCCAGACCCAAGAAGGCCAGACAGAGCAAAUCCACCCAGAAACUCAUGAUGAUCCCUUUUUUUGACAGCACGGGCAUGAUCUACAUGCACUGGGUUCCCACUGGACAGACAGUCAACAAGGAAUACUAUGUUGAGGUUUUAAGGGAGUUCAGGAAGAGAUUCCGUCGGAAGAGGCCAGCACUCUUCAAAUCGGGUCAGUGGCAUUUCCACCAGGACAAUGCACCAGUCCACAACUCCAUCCUUGUCACAGACUAUUUGACCCAGAUGGGCAUCAAGACAGUUCCUCACCCUCCCUACAGCCCAGACCUUGCUCCCUGUGACUUUUGGUUAUUCCCUAAGCUCAAGGAAAACCUCAGAGGCAGUCGUUAUGAGACAAUUGAGGAGAUGAAAGAGGCUGUGACGAGGGUCAUUGACACGCUCACACAAGAGGACUUCCAGGGGGCCUUCCAGAAGUUGUUGGAACGGCUUUUAGAGUGCUAG